AUGAACGAAAAGUUGCAGAAAGAUUUGGAGGUUUCAAGCACUAUCCAAAAGGUUGAAACUCCCUCGGAGUCAACCAUCCUUGAUUCUCCGAGAGAUUCAUGUGAGAAAGGAUCCCCUACUUUGCAAACAACUGAGGUUAAGAGGCAAGUUAAAAGAGGUCUUGCCUCUCGUCAUGUGACAAUGUUGGCUUUAGGAGGAACUAUUGGUAGUGGUUUGUUCAUUGGUACCUCUACCCCUCUACAUGAAGCUGGUCCGGUGAAUGCUUUGAUUGCCUACUUCUUUUUUGGUAUUCUCAUGUUCUCCGUCACUCAGUCUCUAGGUGAAAUGGCAACGCAUACUCCAGUUACAGGAUCUUUUUGUGUUUUCAAUACAAGAUAUAUCUCCAAGUCUAUUGGAAUGGCCACAAACUGGCUUUAUUGGUUUCAGUGGCCAAUUACAUGUGCUGUUGAAUUGUUUGCUAUAUCGGAAAUUAUGAAAUACUGGACUGAUGCGGUUCCUAAUUGGGCCUGGAUGAUUAUGUUUUACGUUUUUCUAUCAUGUAUUAAUUUGUUUCCAGUCAGAUACUAUGGAGAAAUUGAAUAUUGGGUUGCAUUAGUUAAAAUUAUUGCAAUCAUAGGUUUCAUCAUCUACGCUUUCUGCAUGGUUUGUGGUGCAGGAAAGACAGGUCCUGUCGGUUUCCGUUAUUGGAGACAUCCUGGUCCAUGGGGUGCUGGUGCAGGACUUGUUAAGAAUACAGACACUGAUAGGUUCCUUGGUUGGCUUUCUUCUUUGAUUAAUGCUGCUUUCACAUAUCAAGGUGUUGAGUUCACGGGUAUUGCUGCAGGUGAGUCUUCCAACCCUAGAAAGACAGUCCCAAGAGCUAUUAAUCAAGUCAUUUUUAGAAUUCUUAUAUUCUACAUUCUCACAUUGUUUUUUGUUGGUUUGCUAGUUCCUUACAAUGAUCCUGAUCUUACGGAUGACACUACAUUCAUUUCAUCAUCACCGUUUUUGAUUUCGAUCAAAAAUAGUGGUACGCCCGUCUUACCUCACGUUCUUAAUGCUGUGAUGCUAUUUACGGUCACAUCUGCCGGCAACUCAGAUGUCUAUAUUGGUUCUAGAGUGCUUUACGCCAUGGCCGGUACUACAGCACCAAGAUUUUUCCGCAUAACAACCAAGCAGGGUGUUCCAUUUAUUGGUGUCCUGGUUACCUCAUCUUUAGGUUUAUUAUGUUUCCUUAAAAUGACUAACAGUGGACAGUCUGUCUUCACUUGGUUGCUUGAUAUUUCGGCCACAGCCAGUGUCAUAGACUGGAUUUUUGUUAGUGGUGCUCACUUGAGAUUCAUGAGCAUAUUAAAAAGUCGAGGCAUCUCCAGGGAUACAUUACCUUAUAAGGCUUUUGGAAUGCCUUUCCUUGCUUGGUUUGCAUUUAUCGCAUUGAUCAUCAUCAUAUUCAUUCAAGGUUAUGCUGUGUUCUUUAAUUUUAAAGCAUCGGACUUUUUUGCAAAUUACAUAUCCCUAAUGCUAUUCUGUGUAAUAUGGAUUGGUUCACAACUUACGAUCUACCGAAAAGAUCCCUGGUUAAUUCCCCUGACAGAUGUUGAUAUUGAUAGUGGUGCCAGAAUUGUGGAUGAGGAGAUUAUGGAGGAUGAUGUUGAUGAUGAGUCAAAAAUUACAAAUCCUAAGGGUUGGAAAGAGCACAGUCGUUACUAUUUGAAAAAAACCAUGGAUUUCAUAAACUAA